AUGAGCGAGAGACUCUCCAGUAGCCGACCAAGGCGACCAAGAAGGGAUAGAGCAUCAAAAGAACCAACUGAAGCAAAAAUCGAGGGCAAAAGGGAUAAAACGUCAACGGGCAGUGUAGUUUUCCAGCCGUCGCAACAGCAUGGUCGUCCCCGUCGAGUUAGACGGGAAAGAGAAAGAAAACCAAGUCUACCAGGUGACAAGCACAAUUCCCCGAGAGAUGCUACGACAGACAAAAAAGAACAUAGACGCGGAAGCAACGAUAAAUCUGACCAUUCUUCGACAGCGGAACUUUUGCUCGGAAAAAGCUUGAUUCAAUAUGGUAGCAGGGGAUUUUCCCGUGAUGUCAACACAACAAGAGACAUGAGACAAAAUCAUGAACGAAGUUUAUUAUUUAAUGACGAUUCUCAGCUAUCAUCUCUCGUUCGACGAAUUACUCGAGAAGAAGAUCGUGAUCGGCGACUUGUUGCCGUCAGACAACUGAGAGAAUAUCUAUAUCAAGCUGAGAAUAACAAGACUAUUUUGAAAGUUGCUGACAGCUUAUUAAUUGCUUUGCAAGAUGUAUUUUAUGAAAGAGCUUUGAGUGAUUUAAAGAAAGAAAUUGCUGCUUGUAUUGGAAUAAUUGGCAGCAUAUUCAGUUAUGAUGCACAGCGCUAUUUUCAGUGGUUAUUUGGUAAACUAAGCAAUGCAUCCGCUGACGAGACUAAAGGACUCUACCUUACUUCACUAGCACAGUCAUUAACAGAGGAUAGAGAGAUUUUAGGGUUUGCCUCUGCUAUUCCAUAUGUAAUGACACAUUUACAAACACUGUUGGAGAAUGUAGAUACCCCAGAUUUGCUAAUUGCAACAGUCGACAACAUUUGCUAUGUGGCUGAAGUUUAUCCAUCCAUAUUUAGACAGCAUUUCAGAGACACUGUAGACAUAUUAGUUGGGUGGCACAUCGAUACAAGUCAGAAAACAUCUCUUACACGCUAUACUGCAGAAACACUGAUCAGUUUUCAUGACUACUGGAUUACUGACUUGGCCUUUUCAACCACAUUACUCGCACAGUUUCUGGAAGACAUGGAAGCCUAUGCCGAGGAUCUAAGUCAAGAUGGUCAUAUCACCCGUGAGGACGAAGAAGAGAUCCCAUCUACUGAAGUGUGCGAGUCAAAGAUAACUGCUUUAAUAAGUGUAUUUGCCACAGUUGUGACUGCUUUAGGGGACAGUUUCAGUCCGGUGAACACAGCAACCAUAUCACAUACUUAUAUCACAAAGGUUUUGCAAAGAAUAAUAAAGUGUGUUCAAGUUUCAAGCCAGAAGCAAGUAUUUGAAGAUAUUUUUAUAGCAGCCAAUGUCUGUUUAGAAGCAAUAUGCCAUUGUCUGCACUCUCAUCUUGCCAAAUGUUUUGAUGGCGUGUUGAAAUAUGCGUUGGACCAAGUGGAUGGCAAGUGGCAACUGACCAAACCACAUGCUGAGUCAUUACUUUGUUUAUUAUUUAAGAUUGUGGAUAAUGUGAACACAAAUCUCCCUUCUAGUUUUAUUGAGCAUUUCCUUGGCCCUAAUUCUGUAUAUCUGCAACUGAGAUUCCUUGCUGAUGAAGAGAUCCUUGGUUUGUUGAUGAGCAUUUAUCACAGUUUACUGGGAAUGAAAAAUAUUCCCUUGCUUGAAUCUUCAUAUAAUUUGGUUUUGAGUGAUUUAGAGAUAGCUUACAGAAGGUUACUAGAAAACAGUGGUAGCAGUGUACAGUGUAAGCUGGUAGAUGGGGAGAAUCCCUUUAAAGAUAGUCACUUCAAUGUUGAAAAUGCAGAAGCUGCUGUGGUAUUUGAUGUGUGUGCACUGUCUGAGAUUGGCAGCUCCAAAAAUACUAUUAUUGGGAUGUGGGCUAUAUCUCCCAGUAUAUUUGAAUUAUUUACAAAGCAUCUGAGUGUAUGUAGUUGGAAGCUGGCUAUAUAUUAUCCAAGUGUCCAGUAUGCAAUAAUGCAAGCUCUCUAUGCUCACUGCUUUAGGCAUGGUCAUUUUAUUUCUAGUAGUGUUGGUAGCAAUCAGCCAGCUAUUAUUGAAGGCACUGUGUUGAGUUCAGUUACUCCAACUACCAGCACUUACUUUCCAACAAUCUUAACUAUACUUGUUAAUAUAUUGUCGCAUACAACAUCACCUCAAGAUAUCAAGAUUCUUGGUUUGACAUGGCUACAGAAUAUUAUAGAGAAGGUUGUCCCCUGCGACCGUGAAAUUGUGUAUGCAUGUCCUGAAUUCCAGUCAUCUAUCUCAACAUUGUUGGAUCUUGCCACUAGCCCGGACAUCAUAAUAAGUUUACGGUGUUGUAAAUGUCUUGAGUUGACUGUCACAUCUAAUCAUCUAUCACAUCAACUGUUGAAAAGGUUGGUUGAUGUUUGUAAAGUAAAGAUGACUUGUACUAAUACUAAAGUUUCUGCUGCAUAUACAGCCAUGUUGAAGACCCUGCCGACUGAUUUACUUACAAGAUGUGGUGAUCUCUCCUUGAUUGGCAACAAACAGCAAAGCAGUUCAUCGUCACCAAAUCCAUCUGGCAUUGACAUUAUCCAGGCCAUGAGAUUAGCCUGUCGCAGUCACAUGUCCAAGUCACCAACUGGCUCUUUCCAUUCUCACAGCUUUAGAUCCAUCAUGGGGUUUGUGUUGAAAGGUGUGGCACCUGGACAACUUGAGGGUAAUCCUUGGCUGGAAAGGUUAUACUACAGUUGCCAGAGACAUGAUAAACAAAAUGGUGAUGGAAGAAAGAAAGAUGAUAGUAUGUUCACUGAGAUGGUGGUUGGUAAUGAUCCUCUAUCAUGGUUUUGGGCUACGUGUGAAUCAGCUUUGUUCUGUGUCUUGUCUAAACUUAGAACACCACUGGGAAAACCACAGGAAACGUUCCAGAAUAUAGAAAGCACUUUGAGAGCAUUUGCAGCAGAAACCAAGUUGGAGGAUCCUAAGUCACCACCUGUUGUCUUGACAACCAAGGAUAACACAGUAUCUUAUUAUAAAACUCAGCUGAGACCAGUGUUAUUGUUACAGUUCCUUGAACAUCUUGAGAAACACAUGUACAAUGCCUAUGAGGGUUGUGUCGUGGCAUUGCCAACUUUACCAAAGGUUGUAAAAACAUUUUUCCGCACCAACCGUGCUACAUGCCAGGAAUGGUUGACACGUAUACGUCUAUCAGCAAUGACAGUAGCAAUACACUGUGGUCAGCCUGCUGUUGCAGUUAGGCAUGCGUUUCAACUAUUACAAGAUAUGAAAAACAACAACAAUACUUCAGGUACUGAAUUUGAACAUGCAAUUUUGAUAGUAGUUCAAGCUAUGUGUCAAUUGCAUAGUCCAGAGGCCAUACAAGGUAUCCAGGUGUGGUGUAAAGAUAUUGUGGGUAGAAAUCUACCAUGGAUUGGAGCAGUUGCUCAUCAAGCAGCUGGAAGGUACGAAGCAGCUGCUGGGGAAUACAUAUCAGGGUUACAGAAGUACUUAGGUCUGGAAUCCAUUCCAAAUUACCCUGUUAAUUCAUCAAUGAACAGGUCCAGCAUGAAAAAAUUUGGCACUAGUACGCCGCCGAACAGUCCCAAAGUUAAGAAGCUAUCCACUGAGGUUACCAAUGGAAACUCUGUUACACCUAAGAAAACAUUGUUACAUAAAACGCCAGAUCCAGAUCCUCUUGCAACUGAGUUCAUCAUCAAUCAGGUGGUGGAUUGCUACGUUGAGUUAUGUCAAUGGUCGGAGGUUGAAAAAUGGCAGGAUAGUGUGCAAAGAAUGCGAUCUGAAAAUGUUAAUAUGAAUAUACAGAAAGCAUUUACCAUUCAUACAGAUAUGAAUUAUAUAAAAGCGCUGUUAAGUUUUGAGGAGCAUCAAUUUAGCAGUGUAGCUGAUCACCUAGAAUUGAUACCUGGUGGAUCUUUGGAUAAUUUGGAUGAUUCCAGUCUGAGUGAUGUUUCCGAGAACUUGUCAUGGGAUCCAAGAGAACUGCAACGACAUGGUGACUUGCAGAUCAUGAGAACAAUCACCCAUUUUCAAAAACUCUUUGAAAGUGAUGAUGACAAUAAUUUAGAAAUGUUUUCAUUCAGCAGUGUUUUGGAGAAGACCAGUAAAAUAUCUGACACCUGUCUGCGUGUUUGCAGCAUGGAAUGGCCGUGUAAUUUAUCACCCAGUCAUGUUAUAAUAUCACAGACUAUCAAUGCCUUUGUCAACAAUGAGAAUGGAAAGGAAUCCUUCUUGCCAGCAGUAUCUAAGAAUUUACAACUGGAUCCCGAUCAUCAUGAUGUUGGCAUUUAUAACAGAUUGCUGAGACUGUCCAAGUAUCUGCACUAUUUCCAUAAACGUCUAACUGAUUCACCUAUUCAAACUGCUCUAGAUGCUGAGAUGUUUGCAUUGCAAAUGGCAAGUUGUAGACUGGCACGCAAACAGGGAAACAUUCAGUUAGCCCAAGAUUUACUCAUGGACAAGUUUUCACAACUGAAUGGUAAUGAAGAAACAGAUAUUGAGUUUGGUGUGGAAGGUGAGGAUGCAGGAAAUAGCACAAACCCCAUGCUUACUGCUCUCAGUACUGUCUUCAAAAAGGGUAUCAUUGACGUUCAGGUGCAAAAGCUUGAAAGAGAGACUGCCAAACUUCUCAACAGCAUGGGUAGUAUCAGUGAGUCGCAGGAAGUCCUCAGUACAUGUGUUGUGAGGCACAGCAGUCUCCUAUAUUCUGGAGUCGGUGAAUUAUGUCUUGGUAAAGGAGAACUGAAUGCCAAAUCACUGCUGUCAUUGUUUAAAUGGAUUCAGGGUGACUGGAAGUCUAGCAGUGUACAUCUGAAGCUUCCAAAAGGCUCUGAUUUAGUUGAGAAGUCCAAGUUGACUGAAAACCUUGUAAGUUUGAUGGACAUGGAACACCAUGGUUGCCAGCUUGGUUUGGGAGUUAGUGUGGAAACAAGUUCUGGAUUAGAAAGUGUUGGCAGUAGCCCGGCUAUAGGAGAGGUGGAUGCUGUCUGUGGUAGACUCUUGCAUCUGAGCACAAUGCAGGCACCAGAUCUUGCCAAGGCAUGGUCAGCAUUAGCCAACUGGUGUUACAAAUGGGGUAGAAAAGCUGUGGAUAUUGCUAGCUCUGAUGGUGGAGUUAAGCUAUCUGAAGAGGAAAAGUCAAAUGUGUUGGCUGUUCUUCCAGUCGGGCUAACAAAUGACGAAACUGACAGCAUCUUGUCUGUACUAAGUCAAGCUCACUGCAGUGCUAGUGGUAUACAAGAUGAAGAUAUCACAGAACAAGUACAGUCUGCCUAUGAUGAUGGCACUGAGACAACUCGGAAACAACUACUGAAUGUAUGUCCGGCAUUACAAACAGCUGAUUUGAAAGUUGUAGACGUAUUAUUAGACAUAUGGAAAGGCGUUUGCAGGAGGAUUUUCAGUCACUAUGAAUUGGCUGCAAAGAGUUAUUUCACAUACUUGAAACUUCGUGGUCAGGAUACUGGGAUCAAUGCAUCAGGUAUCUCUCAAAGUGAAAGCAACGGAGAUAACAUUACAUUGAGUAGCCAUGAAGAUGCAAACACAACAGCAACUUUACGAUUACUCAGGUUACUCGUGAAACAUGCUGGAGAAUUGAGAGAUGUCUUGGAGAAUGGUCUUGCUAACACUCCAACAGGACCCUGGAAAGGAAUUAUCCCGCAACUGUUUUCUCGCUUGAACCACCCUGAAGCCUAUGUGAGACAGAGUAUAUCUGAUUUAUUGUGUAGAGUUGGACAGGAUUCACCUCAUCUCAUUAUAUAUCCUGCUGUCAUUGGCUGUGCUCCAGUUAUCACUGAUAAAAGGGAUAAUUCAAAAGAGGGUGAGCAAAACAAAAUGACACAUUUUUAAUGUCAAGUGAACAGUAUGCUAAGUACACUUCAGAUUUAAGAAGAUGAAAUUGAGGAGACUGAAAAGGAGUUGGAAGAUGAUGAAAAUGAUGGUGAUGAUGAUGAGGAUGACAAUGAUAACCGCACUAUGUUGCAGAAUGCAUUUGGAUAUAUCCUGGAUAAUCUUGGUAAAUUCAACCCUAUGCUGGUCUCUCAAGUGCAAGUCUUAGUACAAGAAUUAAGACGAAUCACUCUGUUGUGGGAAGAGUUAUGGUUAGGAACGCUGAAUCAACACCACAUAGAUGUAUCUUUACGAAGAGUACCACAGUUGGAGGAUGAGAUUAAAAGAGUACUUUCUAAUAACACUUUGACUAAAGAAGAGAAAAUGGCUAUUAUCCGAGAGAAACAUAAUGCAAUACUCAAACCAACUGUAUACGCUUUGGAACAGGUCCAGGCAAUCACAAGCCAGCCAGCUGACACUCCCAAUGAAAAGUGGUUUCAAGAUAACUAUACAGAGACUAUUAAUAAAUCCAUGGAGUCACUGAAGAACCCUAGCCAUCCAGCCAAUCCCCUCGGCAGUUGGAAUAAAUUUAAACAGUUGCAUCAUUCACUACAACAGAGAGCUAGUAAAAGAGCUACUCACCUGCUGCAGAUGGAUGAAAUUAGCCCCAGAUUAGCACAGAUGAAAUCUACUGUCAUCUCAAUGCCAGGCUUGACUGCACAAACACAUCAGGUGGUGACAAUAGAAUCGUUUUCCACAAGUGUAACAAUAUUACCAACUAAAACUAAACCAAAGAAGUUGGUGUUCAUUGGAUCUGAUGGUCAGAAGUACACAUAUCUCUUCAAAGGAUUGGAAGAUCUACAUUUAGAUGAGAGAAUAAUGCAGUUUCUUACCAUUGUGAAUAAUAUGUUUGCAAGAGCUAAUAAGAGGUAUGUUGCACAGUACCAUGCUAGACAUUACUCUGUAACUCCACUGGGACCACGAUCCGGGCUUAUACAGUGGGUAGAUGGUGCUACUCCACUAUUUGGAUUAUACAAGAGAUGGCAACAAAGAGAGGCUGCAGCAGCUGCCAUGAAAGCACAGGGAAGCAGUAACACAGCAGUGCAGCCAGCACCAAUAUUAAGACCCAGUGAAGUGUACUACAGUAAGAUGACCCCUGCUCUCAAAGAAAAAGGAAUAACCGAUUUAUCAUCACGCAAGGAAUGGCCAUUAAGUGUUAUGAGACAAGUACUGCAGGACAUCAUGGAGGAAACACCAAGUGAUCUUUUAUCAAGGGAGCUAUGGUGUUCUUGUAGUGGUGCAUCUGAAUGGUGGCAGAUAAGCCAGAGUUAUGCAAGGUCUACUGCCGUCAUGUCAAUGAUUGGAUAUAUCAUAGGUUUAGGUGAUAGACAUUUAGAUAACGUAAUGGUAGAUCUUCUUACAGGGGAGGUUGUUCAUAUUGAUUAUAAUGUUUGUUUUGAGAAAGGCCGAAAUUUGAGAGUGCCUGAGAAAGUUCCGUUCCGAAUGACUCCCAAUAUACAGACAGCAUUAGGAGUUACUGGUGUAGAGGGUGUCUUUCGCUUGUCUUGUGAGCAAGUUUUGAAAACAAUGCGAAAGGGGCGAGAGACUUUGUUGACUUUGCUAGAAGCAUUUGUUUAUGAUCCACUGGUGGACUGGACAACAGGUAAUGAAGCAGGAUUUGCCAGUGCUUUCUACGGUGGUGGACAGCUCAAUCCAGCCAUCACUGAGGGCAGACAGAGUAAAGAACAAAUGGAAAGAGAAAUCACAAGGAGUUUAUUUUCAUCAAGAGUUGCUGAAAUGAAGAAAAUGUGGUUUAAAAACCGGGAUGAUAUAGUAUCGUCACUGACAAAGCUACAAGAGAGUCUGAAGAUAUACACAAAAACACAAAAUGACUGUAAAGACAUUGCCAAGCUUGGUAAUGAGCUGAAUGUACAAAGAACCACACUGGAUGCUGCUCUAAAAGAUAAACAACAUAGUAUACACACUCUGCAUAAAAGAUAUGGAGACCAUUCUAAAGUAGUAGCUGCUCAAACAAGUAUACAGCAGAGUAUACAGGAGAAGUUGAAUGAAUGUGAUUUAUGGAAUAGCCAGCAUGUGAAGGCAUUAGAUGCUGUCAGAGGAUCUCAUAUUGCUUCUAUGUGUACUGAAAUUGCCAAGUCGUUAGACUUUGGUGUUGCAAGCUAUGUACAUGCUACUGAGUUCUUACAGAAUGCAGGCCAGGCACAGACUGUGAUACAAUGUGAACAAGUAGAAAGUGAACUGUCUAAUCUCAUUCACCAAAGACAGCAAAUGUUGAGAGGGUGUUUAGAAGUAUUACAUAGCUAUAGUACUAUUGCUUCCCAGUUUCCAAGUUCCUAUGUGAAUCAGAAUAGAUGUUAUGACUGGCAGAAUUGGUUACAGGAACUGGUUUGUAACUUCACAUCAGAAAUGUGUAAGUCGGUGUUUGCGAUGUUUGAAGAGAAGUAUGGGAGUGGCAACAAACCUGAUAAAAUAAAGAGAGUGUUUGCCACGGAACUCAAACUACAGAAGAUCCUCUCUGAUGACAACAUAGCGUUAAUGAAAGUGAUAGAGAGACGGGCACAGGACAAUACAGAGACAUCUAUUCUCACUGCUGGUGUCAAAGAAACAGCUGCUUCUGUAAAGAAAUUUGUCAAAGAAAAUGGAGUAAGUGGUGUUACAAGUCUGACAUCCGUAACAGUGACUGCAUUAUGUGCUUUGAAUAGAAGGGCCUUAAUGAUGGAAGGAGCAGCUUCUGGUGCUGGUGAUCGUUUGAUGGAUUUGACUUCCAGAGAUGGUAGUUGGUUUCUAGAAGAAUUGUGCAGCAUGAGUGGCAAUGUGUCUCACCUGGUUGGUCUAUUGCAAGAACAUCCUCUGAUUCCAAUGUCUGAAGAUGUUCAGCAUAUUAUAAAUACAGUGAAAUAUGCCAACAAGGUAUACAUUGCAUUGCAGGAGCUGAAUACUAAUUUCCGUAGUAUCAUAUUGCCUGAAGCAGUGAAAACCAUUCAAUGUGAGGAGGCAACAGUAUUGACAUGCAUCAGUGCUUUGGAAGAUAUAUGUGUGGAUUAUGGAUUACCAUUAGAAGGAAUAUUACAGCAACUUGAAUUAAAUCUCCAGAAUUUAACAUUGGGAAUGGAUGUUAACUAUGCAAUAUGUGAAGUGAUCAAUUUACUACGAGACAAGUUCCAACAUAUAAUCAUGCCAAUGUCUUCCACCAAGACAGAGGUAUCAACAGCAGAUAUGACUGCAGGACAGAUGUUACUGUCAGGUUUCAAUGGUCUUUUCACUCAACUGGAUUCUAUAUUCUAUGAGUUACUAGACUCAUUCAAUCAGCUGAACAUUGCUACACAGUGGAACAAAGUUGAUGUGAUCAGGGAAGCCAGAUCAUUGCAGUGUUACAUCUUCACAGAUGCUACUCGGCAGAUCUUGACAGAUAUCUUCUUUAUUAAGCGGUUACAGGCCAUCCAGGAUUUCUUCACCUUGUGUAAACAAUACACCAUGAGUUUCAAAGAUGAUUGUAACCAUACAUAUUCCAUGCAUAAUGGUUGCAAUACUAUAAUGAUGAAUGGUCAGUCAACAUCCAUACAUAGCCUAUCUGCAGGCAGUGUACAAGAUAUGACAGUUAAUAUGUAUAGAGAUGGUGAUUUAUCCAAACCUAUCAAAAGGUUUAUUGCAGACUUUGUCAGAGGACAGCUGACUGGCUUACCAUCUCAAGCGUUAGGUUAUACCAUCUGUCUGUACAUUGAAGGGUUAGGAUUGGAUGUUGUGGCCGAAGUUAACUCUAAAGACAUUGGUGUUGAUUGUAAAGUAUCCAUUGAGGAGAUGUGUAAGAAGUCUGUGGAUACAUGUAUACAGAAGUCUAUCUUUUCACCUGGACAUCUUAGCCAGGCUAGUGCACUAACCAGCUCACAUGAUACAUCCUGGAAGAAACAAGACUUGGCUAGGCGUCUGGAUAUCAAGAUAGCCACCAUGCAGUCCAGUGUACAGAGAGCCCAGCUACAGUUGGCCAGAUAUCAAUGGUUAUAUGAAGAUGUGCUAUUGCAGAGUGGUCAUCAUACCAGUCCCAUUAUCACACCAACCAGAUCCAGUGUAAUGUCAGACCUGCGUAAACGUGUUCAAAGGUUGACAUCAUUAGAGACCACACUGACUGGAGUUAUUGAGAAAUACACGGCAUUGGAGAGUAGUGUGUCACAGAGACUGAAAUGGGCGGCUGGUGCUAACCCUUCUCUUAACCCUGUCAUGCAGAAUAUUGAAGAAGCUGCUGAGAAGAGAAAUAACUUCUUAACAAUGAAUGGAAAACGAAGCAGUGAUGUGACAUCUUUAUGUAAUGCUAUUCUGCAUUUUGAAGCACUUCGUACUAGAACACAGGAAGCCAUCAAUGCUGACACCAAUUUUAUAGCAUUGUUAAGAAGGUGUGAAGAAAGUUGUAACUUGGCUGAGUCAUGUAAUAGUACAGUAUCCAAAAUAGAACAAAGUUUCAUCAAGUUGAAACCACCAAGAGAUGAUACACCAAUUGAUGAAACCUGGAUGAAGGCAUUGCUGGAAGUUAUACAGAAAGAAGCCAAGAACAAGAAGUAUCUUCUGAAGCAGAAAGAGGCACAUUGCAGGCAUAAAAAGGAUGCUCUGAAAACCCAGUUUAGCACUGUGAAAGGAAUUAUCACUACGCACCAUAAACUUAUAUCGGAAGUGAAACAUAUGCUGAAAUCAAUGGCCAGGGAAGAAGAAGCACUGACCCCCAAUGACAAUGUGUCCAUAGGUCAAGUCAAAAGAUUCACCACACGGUAUAAGCUGUUUUCUGAGGCAUUUGCUAACAUGUUAAAGAAAGUGCAGGAAUCUCUUAAAAGUCACAAAGAUAAAGAGAAUGCUGUUGAUGAUAACAAAGAGAACCAUGAUAAGAACAGCAUUAGUACUAGUACUAAUGUGAACAGAGCUAUAUCACCAAGCAGGCCACCACUUUUACAACAAAAAGCUGCUGAAUCUGCCACUCCACCAACCUCUAAAUCUGCUACUGUUGCAACUCAAGCUAAGGCUUCAUUAUCAGUUAUGAGAGAUCCACGUACAGGUAAAGCAAUCCAGAUGCGUAAUUCAUAUGCUGUUAGUGUGUGGCGUAAAGUUAAAGCCAAGUUAGAAAGCCCUGGUACUAGCAAUAAUAUUCUAUUCCUUUCUCCCUUACAGGUUGACUUUGUCAUCCGUGAUGCUACCAAUUUUGAUAAUUUAGCACAGCUCUAUGAAGGUUGGACUGCUUGGGUAUGAAAAUAUAGUACGACCUGCUCUAAAAAGGGAGCAAGAUCAAAGUUCCUCACUAUAUAAAAAGCAACAAGGAAAAACAAGGCCAUUCGCCUAGAACAAGGUUCCUUGAGAAACAAAAAACGCUCUGUCAGUCAUAACUGUUGACUAUAACAGUGCAAGACAGACCAGUACACCAAUUAAUAUAAUACAAAAGAAGACCAGAUAUCCAAUCAAACAAAAGACAACCACCAAAACCAAGAGAGUCAUGAUGUCCCAGGUAGAGGGAGGUAGCCAGGGUACAUCUUUGAUUCUUGACGAUGGCCUAGAAGAUACUGUUCAGCGGUACCAUGGCUUGGUUUCCACAUUCCCAUGUUUAUGAAUACUACAUCUACAUAACCAAUCAAAACUAGUUGACUAAAUUACUGAGAUUAGAAAAAGGGAGAAAAGAAAUUGUAUUCGUUACAGGGAAUGAUAAAGUCUUUUGACAAUUUUUUUUUUAUUAUUAUUAUUAUUACUUUUCUGCAGUUUAUAACAAAAUGGAUACAUCAUCACACACACACUGCAGUACUGACAGCAAGUAGAUAGCUGU